AUGACGCAGAAAUACCGGUUCUGGUCCUUCACGUCGGUGGCGUACUUGGCUUCCUACCUCAUCCCUCUAGCCUUGGGAGAUCUCCGUGCUCGACUUUCAGCUGCGGGUGUCGACGCAUUGUUCCCUGGCGACGCAGGUUUCCCACUCGCUGCAGCAGCGUUCAACGAGCGUUACGAGUAUAUACCUGCGGCCAUAGCAUUCCCGUCUACGACACAACAAGUAUCGAAAGCGGUACUCGCAGGUCGCGCUGAGAAUGUCUCGGUCAACGCACGAGGUGGUGGCCACUCUUAUGUGGCAUACUCUCUGGGAUCGGAAAACGGACAUCUUAUCAUUGACCUACGCCGGUUCAAUAACAUCUCUGUUGAUUCAUCCACUGGUCACGCCGUUGUCGGCGCUGGUAACAGAUUGGGUGAUAUUGCUCUUGGCCUCAACGACCAUAAGCGAGCCAUGAGUCAUGGUACAUGUGCCUACGUCGGCAUAGGAGGUCAUGCUCUUUUCGGAGGAUAUGGCUUCACGUCACGCCAAUGGGGGUUGGCGCUUGACAAUGUGCUUGAGCACGAGGUGGUCCUUGCUGACGGACGUAUAGUCACUGCCUCGGCGUCAUCCGAACCCGAUCUUUACUGGGCACUCAGAGGCGCGGGAGCAUCGUUCGGCAUUGUGACUUCAUACACGUUUAGGACUUUCCCCGCUCCACCGUCGACCACGGUCUUCACUUAUGGAUGGGAUCUUACCAGUAGUGCAGCGGCCAAAUCGUUUGAAGUGUGGCAAGACUACGCCGCAAGCGGCGGUAUCCCGACUGACUUUGGGGCGGAGCUCACGCUGGGCAAGGGCAGCGUCAAAGGCAAGGUGUCAGUGCGGCUCGUUGGAGCGUACUACGCCUCGAAUAGUACUUUCAGCCAGGUUAUCCAACCGUUCUUGUCCCAAAUGCCGAAGAACCCGACCGUCUCUGUCGAGGUUGGGUCAUACAUUGCGUCGGUUCAGAACCUUGCAGGCAGCCAGCCGCUGUCGACGAAGGGGCAGAACCUGAGCGCGGAACACGACACGUUCUACGUCAAAUCGUUGUCUACUCCUUCCAACUCACCUAUGAGCGACAAGUCGCUCUCAGCAUUCGCCGAUUAUCUCGCUAACGAAGGCUUCGAUUCUGACACUAACUGGUUCGUCGAGAUCGAGCAGUGGGGAGGUAAAGACAGUGCUAUCAAUGCUGUUGCGCCAGAUGCGACUGCAUUCGCCCAGCGCAAUCAGCUGUUCACCAUCCAGUUCUACGCGUCUUCAGCCAACGGGCUUCCUCCGUAUCCACAAGACGGCUUCGGGUUUCUUGACGGGAUGGUCGCGUCGAUCACCGACAACAACCCUCCGGGCUGGCUCUUUGGCGCAUAUCCCAACUACGAUGACGAUCGCCUUUCAGUGCAAGAGUGGCAUAAUCUUUACUACAAGAAUCAUUAUCAAAGACUGACUAAGAUCAAGGAGACAUACGACCCUAUUAAUGUCUUUGACUUUCAGCAAGCUAUCACGCCAGCAAACUGA